AUGUCAGACAGGAAAAUUGCAUCUGAUGAGAGAGAUGACAGUGUGGCUAACGGAGUGAAUAACAGCAGCAACGGCGGCGUACUGUCGAACAUACCAGAGAUAAUUGAUCCCGGAAUCACCAUACCUAUCUACGAGGAGGAUUACAUGAGUGUCUCUGAGGGUGGCAAUGGCUCGCAGCUGGAUCAGCAGCAGCCUCAAAAAUUGGGUUCUUACAGAGCUCGUGCAGGAAAGUUCUCCAAUACUUUGAGUAAUCUGUUGCCUUCAAUCAGUGCUAAAUUGCACCAUUCAAAGAAGACGUCUUCGCAAAUCAAAGGUGGCGAGGGAAUCACGAACUCAACUAAUGUCGAAUCAACCGUAGGAGCCAAAAACCCUCAUACGACGCCUGCUAAGAACAAGAGUUAUAUGCCAUCAUUUGCUUCUGUGUCACUAGAUGGCACAGGGAAUCUAACGCCACCACAGGAAAUGGAUAAAUUGGUUUAUUUUCCAGACUCCAGUUACUUAAUGAAUGCCCCUAGAACUUCGAAUGAUUCCUAUACUUUUGGUCAGAAUGCAUCAAAUAAAAUAUCCAGAACAAGAAAUAACACGGUGACCUCUCAGAUCACUUCGAUGUCAUCAACGGCACCCAAUGCAACAUCCUCAAGUGCUAUUUGGUCAACAAAUCAAAGCCCGAGUGAUCCAUUACAGCAGCACAUUUUUCAACAGUUUAGUGGUAAUACUGUGAACUCUAAUAAUAUGACUAGCACUAGCCCCUUGCAUGAAUAUUCAACUAAUACGGCGUAUUUUGAUACUAUGAUGUCAGCAAGUACUGCUCCGACAACAGCAAAAAUUCCAAUUUCAAACAAUAAUACUGCAUCUGUGACAGCUAUGAGUAAUAAUGGUAUUUUGAGUGGUCAUCCAAGCAAUACGAAUGGAAAGAAUUUGACUAUCCCGGGAUCUAUGUGGUCCCAUAACAAUAAUAUAAACAACAGAUCAAGAUCACAUUCAAAUGCUUCUAGCAUAUAUACUGAUGCUUCCCUUUACGAGCAGCCUGCAAGGUCACGAGCAACUUCUACAUAUACCCUUUCCCAGCCGGCACCACAUUCCUCACAGGAUAUACCUUUGAUUGAAGAUGAUGUCGAUCCAAGAUCAAUUAAUUGGGUAACAACAGAUCCGGCUGUUCAACCAAUUAAUCAAAUUUCAAAUUUGCUGCCAACUAAUACUAUAUCUAUUUCUAACGUCUUCUCUUUGCAACAGCAACAACCUCAAUUACUGAAUACAAUCAACUUGACGAGUGCUUCCUUGGCGACCUUAUGUUCCAAAUAUGGGACUGUGAUCUCUGCCAGGACUUUAAGCUGUUUGAAUAUGGCGUUAGUUGAAUUUGAAUCUACAGAAAGUGCCAUUCGAGCAUAUGAAGCUCUUCAGGGCAAAGAAGUUUCUGUUAUUGGAGCUCCAAGCACGGUUUCAUUCGCAAAAGUUCUACCCAUGCAUCCGCAGGCCCCAAAUCUAGUUGUUUCACCUAUCAACGAAGCGGAAAUCAUGCAACAGCCGCUUCUUCAAGAACAGCUAUUUAAUGGUACUGUAAGCUUUCAUCAGCAAGGUAAUAUAGCUCUACCAGUGUUUAACCAGCAACAGCAUCAGCAACAACAACAACAACAACCACAGCAACAGGAGCAACAGCAUCAGCCACUUCAUAUGUCACAAAAUCUCAGUUACUCACUUACGCAUGUCUCACCGAAUGAGAAAGAGCAAUGCCCCUUUCCACUGCCUCCACCAUGUUUUAAAGAGCAAGAAAAAGCAGUAUGUGCAACCCUUGAUCUAUUUGGAGAAACCUACGAUCAGAGUCAAACAGCACAUGUUAUAAAUAAUGCUUUGAAACAUAAGGGUACUGCUGAGACCAACAAUUUUGGUCCUUUACCUGAUCCAAUACCAGCAAGAGACUUCGGCGCCCCGAAGUUAAGGGAAUUGAGGAAGAAUAUUGAUGCAAAUUUACUGUCAGAUUUGGAAAUUGAGCAAUUAGCCAUGGCGAUGUUAGAUGAGUUACCAGAGUUGAGUUCCGAUUACUUGGGAAAUACAAUUGUUCAAAAGUUAUUUAUGCAUUCCUCUGAUAUUAUUAAGGACAUUAUGUUAAGGAAGACGAGUAAAUUUUUAACGUCGAUGGGUGUACACAAAAAUGGUACAUGGGCAUGUCAGAAAAUGAUCAGCAUGGCGCGAACUCCGAGGCAAAUAAUGCUUGUUACAAAAGGUGUCGAAAACCAUUGUACUCCUUUAUUCAAUGAUCAAUUUGGCAACUAUGUUAUUCAGUGCGUUUUAAAGUUCGGAUUCCCAUGGAAUAGUUUCAUAUUUGAAAGUAUAAUUGCCAAUUUCUGGAUAAUUGCUCAAAAUAGAUAUGGUGCUCGUGCAGUCAGAGCAUGCCUCGAAGCUCAUGAUAUAAUCACCACGGAGCAAGCUUUGGUCAUAAGUGCAAUGAUAGUCCAGUACGCUGAAUAUUUGGCAACAAAUAGCAACGGUACCUUAUUGGUAAGUUGGUUCCUUGAUACAUGUACCCUGACCCACAGACAUUCUAUUCUAGCUCCAAAGCUAUCGAGCCAUAUUGUGGAACUGUGCCGUCACAGAUUAGCUUCACUAACUGUACUCAAGGUCCUCAAUUAUAGAGGUGAUGACUCGGUGAGGAACGAUAUUCUCAAAGGAAUCUUUGGUGACGUGGCAUCAGACGAGCCAGUUCAAGCAUUGCACCAAAUCUUAUGUGAUACCAAUUAUGGGCCUACGUUCAUUUAUAAAGUAUUAACAAUGUCAUCCUUGGAAGGUGACGUAAAAACAAACGUUUUCAAGAAAGUUCGCCAGGUGUUGUUGGAUGCAACACCAUCACAGCAGCAUAGGCGUUUAAUGGAGGAAGUUGGACUGAUGCCUGCAAACGCAUCGUCUCAAACUGGACAAGGCAAACAUCGUUCAAGCAUAUCACAGGUGUUUAAUCAAGACGGGAACCAUUUGCGUGGAUUGUCCGUUUCAAGUGUCAGAAGCAGUGGAUCAAGACACAACAAUUUAGCUCCAACAACAUCUGGCCAAGGUUCCACUCAUACAUCAAGCUCUGCAACUAAUACCAAUAUCAAUACUAAUAAUACAGGGUGGAAUCCCAGUGCCACAAGUUAUAUGAAUUAUCCUGGGAUGUUCCCUAAUUACCAUUCGAAUGGUUAUCCUGUGAAUAGUGACGAACUCUCCAACCAAUUCGACUCACUGACAUUGAACAACAACACUCAUCUGUCAUUGCCACAAUUGAGUCUAACGAACCAAAACAAUACAACUAAUUUAAUAUAUCCAGUUAAAAGUAACACGAGCCAAGAGAUGCCCCAUAACAUGCACGGUUAG